AUGAUAUAUCGCGCCCCGGCCCGCGCGGCCGCGAACCUCGGCAACGGCGGCGUCGACGACUCCCUCGCGAAGCGCCUCCUCGCGUCGGAUCCCGCGGCCGCCUCGCUCGCGUCGCAGUCCGCGUCGUUCUCCUCCGCGGCCGCGAAGAAGAAAGCCGCGGCGGCGAAGUCCGCGGCGAAGCCGAAGUCAAAGGCGGCGGCGUCGAAGACGCCCGCGCCGGCGCCGGAGAAGCCCGCCGCGGCCGCGGAGGAGGAGACGCUCGACCCGGAGACGCAAAAGGUCAAAGACGCGAAGCUGCGAGCGCUCGACCGCGUCCUCGGCGAGAUCGACGCCAACUUCGGCAAGGGCUCCAUCAUGAAGCUCGGUACCGCGUCGCAGGCCAAGGUGGCGACGUUCCCCUCCGGCGCGAUGACCUUGGACAUCGCCCUCGGCGGCGGCUUGCCCCGCGGGCGAAUCGUCGAGGUGUACGGCCCCGAGUCCAGCGGCAAAACAACGCUCGCGCUGCACGCCAUGGCGGAGAUGCAAAAGUUCGGCGGCAACGUCGCGCUCAUCGACGCGGAGCACGCGUUCGACCCGGAGUACUCCGCGAGGUUGGGCGUCAAGGUGAACGAGGUCAUAGUGUGCCAACCGGAGACGGGGGAGAUGGGGCUCGAAGUGGUCGACGCGCUCGUGCGAUCGGGCGGGAUCGACCUGAUCGUCGUCGACUCCGUCGCCGCGCUCGUCCCAAGGAGCGAGAUCGAGGGCGAGAUUGGGAUGGUCCAGGUGGGCGCGCACGCGCGGCUGAUGUCGCAGGCGCUCCGGAAGAUCAACGUCAACGCAGCGAAGGCGGGGGUGACGAUCAUCUUCCUCAACCAACUCCGAUCGAAGGUCGGGGUCAUCUACGGCAACCCCGAGAUCACCACGGGCGGGAACGCGCUCAAGUUCUACGCCUCCGUGCGCCUCGACAUCCGACGCAAAGAAGUCAUCAAAGGCAAGUCCGGGGAGGACGACCUCGGGACCAGGGUCAAGGUGAAGGUGGCGAAGAACAAGGUCGCGCCGCCGUACAAAGUCGCCGAGUUUGACAUGCUCUUCGGCCGCGGCAUCGACCCCAUGGGGUGCACCCUGGACGCCGCGGACAACAUGGGCGUCGUUGACAAGCGCGGCGCGUGGUACUCCUACAACGACGAGCAGCUCGGGCAGGGCAGGGAGAAGACGAUGGAGAAGCUGCGGGAGAACCCCGCGAUGCUCGCGAGCGUGGAGAAGGACGUUCGGCGGAUCAUCGCGGAGCGGCUCGCGGGGCAGGCGCGUCCCGUACACUGGUUCCCAUACGGCCGCGUCGGCGUGGUGAACGCCGAUCCUUAA